ACCAAAAUCACCUUCCCAACCAACCUUUUUCCAUUUUUCUCCUUCUUCACUACCACUCCUCUAUUAUUAUUUCCUUUCGUUUUCAAUUUCCUCUCACAAAUCUUCUUUUUGGUUUUCCCAUUUCUCUCUGCCUGCAAAAAUCCCAUAUACAACCUUUUACUUCCAUUUGAUCAUUUUUCUUCUCCUCUUUGAACCUAGGACCUGGGGGUUCAGUUUUAAAUGCAAGGUGGUGGCGGCGGCGGUUCUGAAAGUGGGUCAAUGUCUACAGUGUCAAGGGACGAGAACAUGGUGGUGUCUUCUGAAGAUUCUUCGUGCCCGGAUGAGUCUGGGUUGGAGUUGGGUCUUGGUUUGAGCCUCGGUGGUGGUGGUGGCGGCGGCCGCCAAGGCGGUGGUUUUAAGAUGCAUCAUGUUUCCAAAGGUGGUCCAUAUGCUAGGAUUUUGACUGCUAAAGAUUUCCCUUCUCCAUCAUCAUCUUCAUCGUCAUCAUCAUCCUCACCAUCUUUAAGCAAAGCUAGUGUCACAGCUGGGACCAAGAGAACUGCUGAAUCUGUGGCUGUUGCUGCUAACGGAUCUAGUCAAGUCGUGGGGUGGCCUCCUAUCAGAGCUUAUAGAAUGAAUAGCAUGGUUAAUCAAGCAAAAGUGCUGACAAUGGAGAACCGCAAAAAGGAGACCUCGAUGGUCGAGAACAGCACCAUCGGCGGCUAUCGUAACAAUGGUAACACUAAGAUGAAGAAAUCCACGUUUGUGAAGGUGAAUAUGGAUGGAACCCCAAUAGGAAGGAAGGUCGAUCUGAAUGCCCAUGAAUCGUAUGAAAAGUUAGCGAAAACGUUGGAAGAUAUGUUUCUCGAAACCGUCCCGAGUGUCAAUCCAUCUGGAUCAACGGCGCUGCAGCUUGAUAUGUUGAACAGGAUGACAAGACACUCGAAACUGCUGGAUGGAUCAUCCGAUUUCGUGCUUACUUACGAGGACAAGGAAGGUGACUGGAUGCUUGUCGGAGAUGUUCCUUGGGAGAUGUUCCUUACUUCAGUGAAAAGGCUUAGGAUCAUGAGGAAAUCUGAGGCAACUGGAUUAGCUCCAAGGUAACAAGAAACAAAACCAGAGACAGAGAAGAAAGCCAAUGUAGAAAUGUUUUUUUUGUUUUUGGUUUCAAUGUCAAUUACAGUGUUGAAGAAAUAUAGUCACCAUAGGUUAUGAAUGUAAUAUUUAAUACAAAUAACAACUAGUGAGAGUGUUGUUCUUUGCUUUGAUGCCUGUAAAUAAAAGCGGCAAGUUUGGUGUUGUUUAGUUUCAAAA